AAGCCUUUUCUUUAGCCUUUUUGUCUUCAAAGGAGAGAAAUAGGUGAAUAUAAUAUAUGAUUCAAAAGCUGGAUGUAGCAGGUCUAGUUGUCAGAAGCAACGUAAACAUGUCGGGUCUACUGGAACCAACUUUGUACAUCAUCAAAGGCAUUGCCAUCCUUGACAAUGAUGGGAACAGGUUGCUCGCAAAGUACUACGACCCAAACGUCUUUCCAACAGUAAAGGAAGAGAAGAAAUUUGAAAAGAAUCUCUUCCAGAAAACACACAGAGCUAAUGCAGAGGUCAUCAUGCUCGAUCGUCUUACCUGCGUCUACCGCUCAAAUGUUGACCUUUUCUUCUAUGUCAUGGGCUAUUCACAUGAAAAUGAGCUCAUAUUGGUGUCAGUGUUGAGUUGUCUCUAUGACGCAGUCUCAGCUAUUUUGAGAAAAAAUGUAGAAAAGCGGACCCUGUUGGACAAUCUUGACAUUAUUAUGCUGGCUGUAGAUGAGAUCUGUGAUGGAGG